UUUCCCUGUCAGUGGCCCUCUGUGCGUGUGCGUGUGCGUGUGAGAGAGGGAGACGAGAGAAUGAAGCAGGUAUCGAAGGACCCAUUCGAAGCGGCGUUUGAGGAACAAGAGGAUUCCCCCGCAGUUGCUGUUGCUGGUCAACAAGACGACGUUGACGACGACUACGAUGGCAUUGAGGUUGCUAUUCCUUCCUCUGCUGCUGGCCCUUCAACCUCGACUUCCACAUCAACAGCCCCAAUAGCACCAGUCUCUGUCGCCAAAUCCAAUGCGAAGAGCAAAGACGAUGAUCAGGAGGAGGAAGAGGAGGAGAACAUGGAUGUUGAGCUCUCCAAGUUACCCUCCGCUGCCGACCCUGCUAAAAUGGCCAAGAUGCAGGCUAUUUUAUCACAAUUCACAGAGGAACAAAUGAGUAGGUAUGAGUCCUUUAGGAGAGCUGGAUUUCAGAAAUCCAAUAUGAAAAAGUUGCUAGCAAGCAUCACCGGAACCCAGAAAAUUUCUGUGCCAAUGACAAUUGUAGUGUCAGGGAUAGCAAAAAUGUUUGUUGGUGAACUUGUUGAAACAGCUAGAAUGGUUAUGACAGAAAGGAGAGAAUCUGGGCCAAUCAGGCCUUGCCACAUCAGAGAAUCAUAUAGAAGAUUAAAGCUUGAAGGCAAAGUACCUAAGAAAUCAGUUCCGAGGCUCUUUCGGUAGAUUGACCAGAUACAGUUUUUGGUGCUGACUGCACAGAGUUGAGAUGCAGUAGAGUACUCGUCAGAUGCCUGAACCUGCACUUCAUCCACGCUUGGGGGCAUCUCCCAUCGCGAAGUGCAUACCAGGAACAGCAUGUCAUGUCCUUAUCAAUGUUGAAAUUCUCAUAUUUCAUUGUUGUAUUAAAAGGCUUUGGUACAAAGGCUACACUGCCAUUUUGUGAUAGUAGAGGUGAAUCUAGUAUUGGGUCUGUAUUUAUUUUACUUUUGGUGCUUGGAAGUCACGAUCCUUGAUUAGCUUUUACUGUUUAUGUGCCCAUCUAUGCCACAAAUGCCGGUGGAUUUCAUUGUGCCA